AUGAGCUCCUACUUUGUCAAUUCGCUGUUUUCCAAGUAUAAAAGUGGGGAGACGCUGCGCCCCAAUUAUUAUGACUGUGGUUUCACCCAGGACCUGGGCGGCAGACCCACCGUGGUCUAUGGACCCGGCACCGGGGGCAGCUUCCAGCAUCCCGGCCAGAUCCAGGAUUUUUACCACCACGGCGCCGCUACCCUCUCCACCUCCGCCUACCAGCAAAAUCCGUGUGCGGUGACGUGUCACGGGGAUGCCGGCAGUUUCUACGGCUACGAUGCCCUGCAAAGGCAGCCAAUUUUCGCUGCCCAACAAGAGGCCGAACUGAUCCAAUAUCCCGACUGCAAGUCGACGGCUACCAGCCUAGGAGAAGAAGCAGAGAUUUCAGAGCAGAGUUCAUCCCCGACACAGCUGUUUCCGUGGAUGAGACCGCAAGUAGCUGCAGGACGGCGCAGGGGAAGACAAACAUACAGUCGCUAUCAGACACUAGAACUUGAAAAAGAAUUUUUGUUCAAUCCAUAUCUGACUCGCAAACGGCGGAUCGAAGUGUCACACGCCCUGGGACUGACCGAGAGACAGGUCAAAAUUUGGUUCCAGAACAGACGAAUGAAAUGGAAGAAGGAAAAUAACAAAGACAAGUUUCCCAGCAGUAAAUCCGAAAUAGAGGAAACUCCAAAAGAGAAGGACGUGAAAGAAGACGAAGAGAAAGAUUAA